AUGUUUAUUUUAAAUUUCGUAUUAAUAAUAACGGUGGUCUCAGUUUUUAGCCAAGAAGUAAGUGAUAUUAAAACAGAUUUCCUAUACGAAUCACCGGAACAUAUGCAUAGCCUUCAUACCGAGAUAAAACAACCUAAUGGGUAUGAAUUUGAUAUGGUGGAUCUGUUGGGUUUGGGAGACAAUCAUCAUGAACGUUUGAAGAGACAACCUUCGUUGAAAAAUUCUGCUUCGAAAUUUCUACUGGAAGUGUAUAAUGAUAUUACCGAAAACGAAGCAGAAUUGGAUCAUGUACGAGAACAUUUGACUCAAGGUCGAAGGCAAAGAAGAGCUUUGAGAGAAGAGAAUUUUAUAACGAAAUUCGAUCGCAUGGAAAUUGAAAAGUGUAAUAAUAUUAUAACAUUUUCAAGUAAAAAAAUUUUAAACUCUAAUAGCAAACUUAUAACCGAUAUACCUAUUGCUAGUGAUAUGCAAAUAGGUUUCAAUACAAACGAUGUACCUCGAGAUCUGCAACUUGUUCAUUCAGCCUUAAGAAUCUAUCAACAACCUAGUUUGGGUAAAUAUGUGCAAAAUACCGAUACACAAAAGGCCACCAUUUCUGUAUAUCAAAGAGUUAUGUAUCGCAAAGAAUAUACGGGAGCCUUGAGAAUUCUUAGCUCUAUUAAUACCACGACCACCUACAAAGGUUGGUUGGAGUUUAAUAUGACCCGCAUAUUAAAUCGUUGGCUGCAGCAGAAAUCCUCACAACCAGGGCGCAUUAACGAAUUGCUAGUGGGUGUCACUUUGGAUAUAGAGAAUCCUGCUCAUGAAACUAAAACUGUGGAAAUUUUAGCCAGUGAUUUGGGUUUGGUUAAACCGGAUUACUCGGAGGAAACAAUUGAUCUGCAGCCUUUUAUUAUUGGCUACUUUAAUGGUCCCGAAUUGAUGACUAAAAUCCAGAAAUUACGUUUCAAACGUGAUGUUAUCAAACGUAAACGUAAAGCCGAUUUCUAUAUGCCACCUCCCCCACCCAUUCAGGAAAUCUAUAAAUUGCCCAAAACCUGUGAACGUUUAAAUUUCACCUUGGACUUCAAAGAUUUACACAUGCACAAUUGGGUUAUAGCACCCAAGAAAUUCGAAGCCUAUUUCUGUGGCGGUGAGUGCAAUUUUCCUUUGGGUUCCAAAAUGAAUGCCACCAAUCAUGCCAUAGUGCAAACGUUAAUGCAUUUAAAACAACCCAAUCUACCCAAACCCUGUUGCGUACCCACGGUUUUGGGUUCCAUAUCUAUAUUGCAUUAUCUCAAUGAGGAUAGUGUUAACUUAAGUAAAUACCCUCAAAGUGUGGCCAAGGAAUGUGGUUGUCAUUAG